AUGAUUAAAAUUGGUCUAGUUGGCUUGCCAAAUGUUGGAAAAAGUAGUUUAUUUCGUUUCUUGACCCAAAAAGAAGUCUUAAUUGCUAACUAUCCUUUUGCCACCAUCGACCCUAACCAUGGGAUAAUGCCUAUCCUUGACUUUCGUGCUGCUCAAGGUUCAGGUUUAGGAAAUGAAUUUCUUUCUCACAUUCGAGAAGUAGAUUUAAUUUGUCAUGUUUUGCGUUGUUUUGCUGACUCCAACAUCGAACAUGUAGAAAAAAAUAUUGACCCUCUCCGAGACUACGAAAUUAUCCAAAGUGAAUUAAUUCUUGCUGAUUUACAACAAAUUGAAAAAAGAAAACAAAAAUUACAAACUUUACAAAAAAAGCAACCACAACAAACUGAGAAAGAAUUGAAGUUAUUAGCUUACCUAGAACAAAAUUUAAUGAACGGCUCUGUCAUUUCGCAGUUAAAAUUAGACACCGAACAAAAGGAGCAAGGAUGA